CGGGGCGGCGGGAAGAGGAGAGGCGGGAAUGGACGUGCAGGAGGGUGGCGGUGGCGCGGGCGAGCUCCCGGCCCGGGACCCCGCUUCUGCCCCCAGCAAGGCCCCCAGCAGCGCCGGCCACUACGAACUGCCGUGGGUUGAAAAAUAUAGGCCAGUAAAACUGAAUGAAAUUGUCGGAAAUGAAGACACCGUGAGCAGACUGGAGGUCUUUUCAAGAGAGGGGAAUGUACCCAAUAUCAUCAUUGCUGGCCCCCCAGGAACCGGCAAAACUACAAGCAUCCUGUGCUUGGCACGAGCCCUGCUGGGCCCAGCAAUGAAAGAUGCCGUCUUGGAACUCAAUGCUUCCAACGACAGGGGCAUUGACGUUGUGAGGAACAAAAUAAAAAUGUUUGCUCAACAAAAAGUCACCCUUCCCAAAGGUCGACAUAAGAUCAUCAUUCUGGAUGAAGCAGACAGCAUGACUGACGGAGCCCAGCAGGCCUUGAGGAGAACCAUGGAAAUCUACUCCAAAACCACCCGCUUUGCUCUUGCGUGUAAUGCUUCGGAUAAAAUCAUCGAGCCCAUUCAGUCCCGGUGUGCAGUUCUCCGCUACACAAAAUUGACCGACGCCCAGAUCCUUGCCAGGCUGAUGAGUGUCAUUGAGAAGGAGAAAGUGCUGUGCGCUGACGACGGCCUGGAAGCCAUCAUCUUCACAGCCCAGGGAGACAUGAGGCAGGCACUGAACAACCUGCAGUCCACUUUCUCGGGAUUCGGCUUCAUUAACAGUGAGAAUGUGUUCAAGGUCUGUGACGAGCCUCACCCCCUGCUGGUGAAGGAGAUGAUCCAGCACUGUGUGAACGCCAACAUCGAUGAAGCCUACAAGAUUCUUGCUCACCUGUGGCAUCUGGGCUACUCACCAGAAGAUGUCAUCGGCAACGUCUUUCGAGUGUGUAAAACUUUCCAAAUGGCGGAAUACUUGAAACUGGAGUUUAUCAAGGAAAUCGGAUACACGCAUAUGAAAGUAGCAGAAGGAGUGAACUCCCUUCUGCAGAUGGCAGGGCUGCUGGCCAGGCUGUGUCAGAAAACAAUGGCACCGGUAGCCAGUUAGAGCAGAGACUUUACUGGUACAGUUGCAAGGGUCCUUGUCCCUCACAUACCGGAGUGAUGGCCUUGUGAUGGGGAAUGGGGAACAUGAGGCCUUGGAUGGCACCAGCCGGCACCACUCGGUGGCUUUCGUUUUGCUUUUACCACAUCUCCACUUCAGAGUGUUUGCGUUUGACCUAGACUCACUGAUGCACUGCCAGGGUGGAAGAGCCCCGAGGGAGCUCAGGGGCGGGGCGCCUGAUCUGUGUGUGGGUUGACAUUUCAGCUAAUAAAACCUUCUAGUGUCUGUUGGCCACGGGUAACCACGUGAGGCCUCAAGGAAACCA